GGUGCUCAGUAUGAGUUGAAAGACAGUCCAGGCGUACAAGGACACCCAGGAUUUGCCCACCAUCACCCAGCGUUUUACCCAUAUGGCCAGUAUCAGUUUGGUGACCCGUCCAGACCCAAAAAUGCGACCAGGGAGAGUACGAGCACACUGAAGGCCUGGCUGAGCGAGCACCGUAAGAACCCCUACCCCACCAAGGGGGAGAAGAUCAUGCUGGCCAUCAUCACCAAAAUGACCCUCACCCAAGUUUCCACCUGGUUCGCCAACGCCAGGAGGAGGCUAAAGAAGGAGAACAAGAUGACCUGGACUCCCCGGAGCCGCACAGACGAAGAGGGAAAUGUUUACAACAGUGAUCACGAGGAGGGAGAGGAAGGGGACAAGAGGGAGGAUGAGGAAGAYAUUGAUUUAGAAAAUAUCGACACGGAAAAUAUCGAGAAUAAGGACGACUUGGAUGAUCAGGAUGACCUACACGCUGAUUUAAAAUUAGAUGGUAGAAGCGACUCUGAGAUUUCAGACGGCUAUGAGGAUUUACAAGGGCCCGAUCAGAGAUUUCUGAAGGCUGUAGUGAAGGAGGGCAAAGACAUUCACGUGGACCGGGGCGAGCACUUCCACCACCAUCACUCUUUUGAAAUGAAAGCUUCACAACCGAAUGUCGAUCAACUGAAACUGAAUCCGGUGUCCAUCAACUCGCCCCCAUCAGAAAAUAACGCGGCCCCGGCCCAAAAGCCAAAGAUUUGGUCUUUGGCGGAGACAGCAACAACCCCUGACAAUCCCCGCAAYUCUCCACAAAUGAAUGGCAGCAACACAGUUGGGCCCGCGGCCCAGACCAUAAUCAGCCCUCACCAUAGACUCAUCUCUUGUCCUGUUGGYAAAAUSCAGAACUGGACAAACCGAGCUUUUUCUGCCCACCAMCUCGCAUUACUGAACUCUAACCAUUACCUUGGACUGGCGAACCAGGCUUCGGCUAACGGGCUCGCCCUCUACAGCAGGCAGCAAKACCAACACACGCAGGACAAGAGUCAUAGCUCAGACACAGCCGUCACAGAGAGAUCUAGUGCCUUGGAAGCAGAGAAAAGGUUGUUAAAAACAGCCUUCCACCCAGUUCAUAGACGGCCUCAGAAUCAACUCGAAGCAGCCAUGGUUCUAUCAGCUCUCGCCUCCUCCUAYACUUUGACUUUUGCUCUUUCUUUUUAUGAUUUAUUUUAAUCUGUUGUAAGGAAUGUAAAAUAAGAAUAAUACAUCUGUGUAUACUUACCUUGUAAGCAUGUCCUGUGUAAACCUGCUAAUGUAAUAAUGUAUGAACCAGUAGUCUGUGAGUUUUCUUUUUCUUUUUGUAAGUUCUGUGAGGAUUUGAUGUUCAAAAUGUUUUGUAUAUAAAGUUAAGAAAAUGUACAUACUUGUGAACCAAAUUGUACAAGAAAGUCUAUAUUUUGGCUAAUAAAUGAACUGCUGCAACUUUA